UGUUGAAAAAUAUAUACAGAAAUAAAAAAUAUCAAAGGAAUUUGUAUAUUUUUUCUAUACAAUCUCAAAAUGUCAAUAAAUCUAGAGAUUAACUUAAAAAGAGCCGAUAAAAUAUAUUAUGAAGGGGAAAAUAUUGCUGGAGUUAUAUUGUUAUCAACAAAUUCUGAUUUUAAACAUGAAGGGAUAACUUUAACAAUGGAAGGAUGUGUCAAUCUACAGAUCAGCUCAAAAAAUGUAGGAAUUAUUGAAGCUUUUUAUAAUUCUGUAAAGCCAAUUCAACUAGUAGGAACAACAUGUGAAGUAUGUGGUCCAGGACGUCUACCCUCUGGUACCAUAGAAAUACCUUUUGAGAUUCCAGUAAAGCCAAAACCCAACAGAACUCUGUAUGAAACAUAUCAUGGAGUUUACGUAAAUAUAGGCUACAGUUUAAAAUGUGAUAUUAAGAGAUCGUUUUUGUCAAAAGAUUUACAAAAAACUCAACAAUUUUUAGUGCAGUACAAACCAGGAUACAAUGCUUGCCCUCAAUUGCCUCUUACAGAUAAAAGAACGCCUUUGAAUUUUGAGUUGAGUCCUGCUACAUUGACCAAUGCUAGAGCAGGAGUUCCAAACUUUUUAUUGAAAGGUCAUGUUGAAACUGUAUGUUGUAACAUUGCCAAACCCUUAAGAGGAAAAAUAGUGCUAGCUAAAUGUGAUGUACCAGUGAGAUCUAUAGAACUACAAUUGGUUCGAGUUGAAACUUGUGGCUGUGCAGAGGGAUAUGCAAGAGAAGCCACUGAAAUUCAGAAUAUUCAAAUUGGAGAUGGAGAUGUUCCGCAUCAUAUUCCAAUACCGAUAUAUAUGGUAUUUCCAAGAUUGUUUACUUGUCCCACACUAAUUACUACCAAUUUUAAAGUAGAAUUUGAAAUUAAUCUGGUGAUUGUUUUCCAAGGUGAUCAUUUGGUUACAAACAACUUUCCUAUAAUACUGGUAAGAGAAUAAUUAGAAACAAUAAAAUGUUACAAAAUAUAUUACUGU